CGGUAUCGGUCCGUAGACGUAAUUUAAAUCAAAAUAUACUGUUGUUGUGCACAUCUGUAGUUCUGACUAAGUCGCGGUCCACUUCCCGUUGAUAACGACAGCGUGAUUACACGGUAACGUUGAUAAAAUCAAAUUCGAUGCAUCGCGAUUCAUGUGUGUGUGUGUGUGUGUACGCGCCAGCGUUGGGUGUUGUAGACCAGUAAUGUAAGUGCAAAUAAAAUGCUUCUUUUUCGAGGUAAGCCGCUCGGUAAACGCCAGUCGUGAGAUGUUUGCUGUGACGGGCUGCAUAUUUCUCACUGAAAUCGCUUUGGAACUAUGGCCGAAGACGAAGAUUUCCCGGGACGGCUGUUACAUCAGGUAGCAUUAUGGGACAACAUAGACUUCUUGACAGACCUUCUCAAAGAUGACGAACAUAAAAAAUUUGUCAACAGUCGUGAUUCGUGGGGCCGUACUGCUCUUCAUGCGGCAUGUUCAAAUGAGGGUUCUGGUUGUUUGGAAAUAUUACUUAAUGCCGGUGCCCUUGUCGAUACACCUUGCGGAUCUCGUGGCGAUUUGCGAGUAUGUAAUUACCAAAAACCUCUGACUGCAUUACAUAUAAGUGCAUAUAUUGGAUGUCCAAAAAACAUCCAAACUCUCUUAAAUCACAAUGCAAAUGUAAUGUUGCAAGACUCUAAUGGACUUACAGCACUGGAUAUAGCCCUCAAUACAGAAAACACUACUUGUAUCAAAUUAUUGAAAGAUGCUUCAGAUUCCUGGGAAGAAUCACAAAACACAAUUCAUAUGGCAUUACGAGAUGCCAUUUGCAGAGGAGAUUUUAAUGCAACCCGUACAAUUUUGUUGGAACUUGGGUCAAAAGAAGAUUUCAUUGUUAAUAUGGCACCUAAUGGUAGUACCACAUUGUUAUACUGUGCUUGUGAAGUUGGGAGAAAAGACAUAGUGAAAAUGUUACUUGAUCAUAAAGCUGAUGGUAGAAUACAUCCAAUAACUCGGUAUUCUCCUCUUUACAUUGUUGCUUUUAAAGGAAAAAAAGAUAUUGUUGAAAUAAUUCUUAAGAAAUUUCCUGAUCUCAUUCGUCAAACUACUGUAGAGAAAUGGUUGCCAAUUCAUGCGGCAUGUAUAAAUGGAAAUACUCAUAUUGUAGAUCUCUUACUAAAAUAUCCUUAUCAUCCUAAUACACUAAUUAAAUUAAGAAAAGACAAUUGGGAAUUUGAUGUUCCAUUUGAUAUAAAUACUAAAGAUGUCAAUGGUCAAACAGUAUUGUAUUUAGCUUGUCUCUUAGGGAACUCAAAAAUUGUAGACAUACUGUUAAAAUAUCAAGUUAAAGCAAUAAAGGUUUGUGCUGCUGAUGGAACUUCUAUAAAAGAUGAUAAUAAUGAUAUGUCAAAACGUAGCCGUAUUUCAGAAGGCAUUCAGUCAAUAGUUUCUCGUCUCAGAGGAAAUCUAACUAAAGAAACAGAUUUAAAUGAAAAAAAUAUAAAACCAGUUGAACUAAAUGUAUAUUGUAAUGAAGAAGCCCCAGAAACUGCUCUUCAUGCUGCUGUACGAAAUGGACAUAAAGACAUUGUAAUUGCGUUGCUUGAAAAUGGUUCUGAUCCUAAUCUACUUACUUUACAACCAAGCACUGAUUACAAACAAAAGGAUGAUGACACACGAGAAGCUGGGUUUUCUCCAUUGACCAUAGCUUGUAGUAAAGGAGACACAUCCAUUGUUGAAUUGUUAUUAAAAUAUGGUGCUAGAGAUGAUGAUUGUAAAGCACUUGCAGCUGCAAUGAUAACCAAAAAUCAACAUUUAAUAACUACAUUACUUGGGACUAAAGCUUUUGCUGAUCCUGAACACAAAAUCAAUAAAAAAGCAAUGACAGAUAAUAUUGCUUCACAAUUUGGUGGUCUUUCAAGUUUAACUUACAGUAAUAUAUUUCCUAGUACUCCAGUUAUGAUAAAUUGGCAUAGUCAGCGUUGUAAACUUGAAUCCAUAAAAUCACAGUGGCUGAUUGACGCUGCUCUCCACAUCAAUCCUAGACUGAAAAUGAAUCCCCGAAGUAGAGAAAUUGUUUUGUUUGCUAUAACUAGACUAGAUAUAUCAAAUAAUUCACUUACCCAAGUACCAGCAAUCAUUUUUCAAUUGCAAAGUCUUAAGUAUUUAAAUUUGGCUCAAAAUAAAAUUGAAAUAUUACCUGAUCCAAAUGAUUUACGUCAAGUAACAUCUCCUACAAGUAAAAAAAUGUCUAGACUAUAUAAAUCCAUCUACACUGCCAAUGUUCUAGAAGAACUUUACCUGCAAGAUAAUCGUCUUGAUAAAGUUCCUGAAGAGUUAUUCAGAUUACCUUCAUUAACUACACUUGAUUUAUCCAACAACAAACUUCAUUCUGUACCAUUUCAAAUGUGGCGAGCACCAAAACUAAAAGAUCUAAAUAUGUCUUUUAAUUUGAUUAAAGAACUUCCAUAUGCCCAAUCAGAAAAUGAAGCCAGAAGUUUACGUGAAAAAUCUGUUGGGCGAAUCCCUAUAUUAGAUAAAGCCUAUGAAGUAAAAGAAAUUGAUGCUAAUGAUAUUGAUGAAAGUAUUUCAUUAAUUCAUCAUAAUGUUUGGAAUCGCACUAUUGAAAUAAUGGAACAAAUUGCUAGAGUUGAUGAUGCUUUUGAAGUUAAAUCUAACACUUCACAAUUAUCUUCAUUAAACUUAUCACAUAACAGAUUUAGCUCUAUACCUCCUGUACUAUCAUGUUUAGCUGUAAACUUAACACGGCUUAACUUAUCUUAUAAUUGUUUGAGAACAAUGAGUUAUAUAACAUCAUAUCCCAGUUCACUUAAACAAUUAGAUCUUAGUCAUAAUAAAAUAUGUGUUUGGCCUAGCCUACCACAAAUUAAUUUAGAAGAAGCUACACCUGAUCAAGAAAACUUAUUGUGUUAUCGUUUGGAAACUGGACAGGUUCCCAAAUCAACUGUACCUUCAAAAAUACGAACUAGUAGGAGAAUGUCAUUAAGAGCAAAUAUUUUAAACCGUGUAUGUUCUCACAGACGUCAUUUAAGGCUUGAAAAUUUGAGAACACUAAUGCUGGCUGAUAAUUGUUUGAAUAGAAUUCAAUUAUCAACUGAUGAUGAUGGAUUUCUUAUUGUUUCAAAUGAUUCAGCUGAUGAAUUGGAUGAUUGGGAUACAGGAGGAUCAUUAUUGGGAAAUUCAAAAUCAAAAUUGAUUUUUCCUAAUUUGAGUAUGUUGGAUUUAAGUAACAACCAAUUAAAAGAAAUUCCUAUCAAUAUAAAUGAACUAAUUAAUUUGUCUGUAUUAAAUAUAAGCGGAAAUAAAGACGUAACAGAAUUACCUCCACAAAUGGGUUUGUUAUCACGGUUGUGGAAUCUUAACACAAGAGGCUGUAGCCUACAAGAACCACUUAAAUCUAUGAUAGAUUCAAAUAAGUAUAAAACAAUGGAUGUUAUUGGUUAUUUGAAAUCUGUUCUUGAAGAUGCUAAACCAUAUGCUCGUAUGAAGUUAAUGAUUGUUGGAGUUCAAGGAAUUGGAAAAACAUCAUUAUUAGAUCAACUUAGACAAGAAGGCACAGGCAACUACAAAAAGAGACCAGUAGAUCAUUGGGCAAAACGUAUGGGAAAUAAAAAUAUAAACCAAAAAACUAGCAAAGGGACCAAUAUUUCAACAGUUGGUGUUGAUAUUGGUGAUUGGGUAUAUGAAAAAAAAAUCAGAGGAAAUUCUCAAUAUGGUCCAGUGAUGUUCAGAACUUGGGACUUUGGUGGCCAAAAUGAAUAUUAUGCCACACAUCAAUACUUUUUAUCCAAAAGAAGUUUGUACAUUGUUGUAUGGAAAAUUACAGAUGGCCAUCGAGGAAUUGCAGAAAUCUUACAAUGGCUAGUUAACAUACAGGCUCGUGCACCUAACUCCCCAGUAAUAAUUGUUGGUACACACUAUGAUGUCAGUACCAAAUUUCCUGAAUACCAUUCAGAACUAUUACAACAACUUAUUAGAGACCGAUUCAUUAAUAUAGUAGAUGCAGAGAAGUAUGGUUUGCCUAGAGUGUUGGAUACCAUUGAAAUAAGUUGCAAAACAAAACAUAACAUUAAGCUUUUAUGUAAUAUUAUUUAUGAUACAGUGUUCAGUCUCAAACCUCCUGGAAGUAAAGAACUUUUAUUGGAACAGAGAGUACCAGCAACAUAUUUAGCAUUAGAAGACAUUGUAAGUCAUAUUGGAUCUGAAAGACGACAAGCUGGUUUAGAUCCUGUCUUAAACUUAGAUCAAUUUAAAACUGCAGUAAAUGCAGAAAUGUUAUCAAGAUAUCAUAAAUCAUUUCGAGAUAUGGCUGAACUUAAUCAAGCUAUUUUGUUCUUGCAUGAAAAUGGUGUAUUGUUACAUUAUGAUGAUGCAACAUUAAAAGAUUUAUAUUUUUUAGACCCACAAUGGUUAUGUGAUAUGUUGGCACACGUUGUAACGAUAAGGGAAAUCAAUCCUUUUGCUCGUUCAGGAGUAAUGAAAUUAGAUGACCUACAAAUUGUAUUGAAAUCAUCAACUUGUACAAGAGAAUAUAUUGUUAACUUGCUUAAUAAAUUUGAAGUAGCUCUAACUUGGGAUAGCCGAUCGUUAUUAAUUCCAUCUCUUUUACCAUCUGAAGAAGAUAUGUUAGAUCAAAGAGCACAACCAAUAUCUAUCAAAGUACCUAUAAAAUCAAAAAUUCGUAAUAUAAAAACAAGAUCUUCAAGUCAACCAAUGUUAGAUUUAGUUGAUAUUGGAGAACAUAUUACUAGUCGUUCAGAUCCAGAAGUAUCUGUCCGCCGUUUAUUGCUUAUGUCAUAUUUUCCAUCAGGCUUUUGGUCUCGGCUAAUUACACGCAUACUUAGUGAUGAUACAAUUAUUAGUGUAAUAAGACAUAUUUUUAUGCCAACUGAGGUAAAUGGUGAUGAUUUUAUGUGCUCAGAUUUUCAAACUCAUUUUGAUUGGAUAUUAUGGCAAACUGGAAUUGAAUUAAAAUUUGCAAAUAAAAUCACAUUAUUUCGUAUGAAAGAAGUAUUACACCGUAAUUUUCCAAUAAACUAUAGACAUCUUAGAUUUCAGCUUUUCCAAGAAACCUCUUGGUUUGAUAUUCCAAUAAAAACUUCUUCUAUUCUUGAAACUUAUUUACCCUUAGAUACUGUUAUUAUAAAAAAACCAAUAAAAAAUAAUGAUGAAGAAGACAUAGGGUUUAGAGCUAUUGUAUUGGAUCCAUCUCCUGUACAAGCUGCAAAAUUAUUAGCUUUAGUAGUAGACCAUAUAGAUGUACUUUUAGAAGACUGGUACCCAACAUUGGGUACCCGAUUUGUUCAUACCUCUGAAGGAAAAUGUUUAGUUACUAGACUUGUUCCAUGUCCAAGAUGUUUAGCUGGAAGUGUAGAAACCGAUAGUAUUUCAAUUGAUAUGAAAGACGAUGAUAGUACAAGCAAAAUAGAUCAUAUUUCUAAAGAAUUUUUGAAGAAAGAUUUGUAUGGUAAAAAUAUUGUGCGUAAAUCUCAAGAAAGUUACAAUGGUUCUGAUGGCGGCGAUAGUGGUGUUGGACAUGAUGUUAGUCCACAAUCAAGUAGAAAAGUAUCUGUUGAUGGGCAUCCUUUAGUGUCAAACGAUCAGGAAGGAGAUAUACACUAUGGAUGGAUUGUUGAAGAUUGUAUUCUAGCUGCAUCUUCAGUAGAUAAACUUUGUGUUGUUUGUCCAAAGCAUGGAGACUUACCUUUAGCACAAGUUGCUCCUGAUACUGUAUUUUUGGAUUUGGGCAAAGAAUUGGUAAUUAAUGAUGAAGAUAUUAUCCGAGGUAAACUAUUAGGUCGUGGAGCAUUUGGAUUUGUUUUUAAAGGAGUUUGUAAAGGAAAAAAACUUGGUAACAGUAUACAAAUUGCUAUUAAAAUGCUUCAGCCUGUACCACCUGGACCUAAUGCUAGUCAAUCUGCUGUUAUAGCUUAUAAAGGAGCUCAAGUAAAGUGGGAUCGUGAUCCACUCCAGUAUACUUGUAAAUCUUAUUGUAGCGCAAGACAAGAAUUAAACAUAAUGCUGAAUUUAAAACAUCCAAAUAUUGUUCCAUUAAUUGGUGUUUGUACUAAACCACUAGCACUUAUUCUUGAUCUUGCACCAAUAGGUGCAUUAGAUCAAAUUUUAAGAAACUAUCGAAGAUCUGGUUCAAAAUUAGAUCCUCAUAUUCUACAACAGAUUGUAUUUCAGAUAGCUAAAGCAUUAGAAUAUUUACACCAGCAACGAAUUAUAUAUAGAGAUUUAAAAAGUGAAAAUGUUCUUGUUUGGUCUAUUCCAGUUCCAUUUCAAGAUCCUUAUGCAGUUAAUACGCAUGUUAAAAUGGCAGAUUAUGGAAUUAGUCGUUUAUCUUUACCAUCUGGUACCAAAGGUUUUGGUGGUACAGAAGGAUUUAUGGCUCCAGAAAUAAUCAAAUACAAUGGCGAAGAAGAGUACACUGAAAAGGUAGACUGCUUUUCAUUUGGUAUGUUUGUUUAUGAACUUUUAACAAUGCAUCAACCAUUUGAAAAUCAUGAAUCUGUAAAAGAAAGUAUUCUAGAAGGACAUCGGCCAGCAUUAACUUAUAGAGAAACAGCAUAUCCAAACUACUUGCUUGAUUUAAUGGCUGUGUGCUGGUCACAAAGUCCAAAAGAACGUCCUUCAGCUAGCCAAAUUGUUUCUAUUGUGUCAGCUCCUGAAUUCACUCAUUUAUAUGAUGUAGUUUCACUAAAUCAUUCAGCUGAUGUAGUUUCUUGUACUCGAGUACCAUUACCACUUAGUGAAGAUAAUGAGAAUAGCGGCGAUGAAAUAUGGUUGCCCUGUUCUAAUGGAAAACUUGACAGAUUGGCUUUUAGUAGUACAAAUUGGUUUCAUUACAGAAGUACAAAUGUAACACAUAAAAUUACAGCCAUUUGCACAAUAGAUAAUCAUAGUGUUUGGUUAGGAGAUUCAGAAGGACAAAUUCAUGCCUACUCGAGUAUUGAUAGCAAAUACAUGUUUAGCUACAAACUGAUAACGGAUGACCAAGAAGUUGUUGUUAAAUGUAUAGUGACCCUAAAAGAUAGAUAUAGGGUUGCAGUAGGCUUGGAAAAUGGAAGAAUAUUUCUUGUGCGGAGUGAUAUGUCACCCCUAGCACCAACCAUGGGAGAAGGAAGUUUUGUAAUGAGUGAACUUGGAAGUUCAACUGUAUUGUUUGAUUUUAUAGCUGUUGACAGUAAUAAGACUUGUGAAUUAUGGUGUGGAGAAGAUCAAGGACGUAUAUCAGUAUACACUAUCAAACAAAAUGUAGCAAUCAAUUAUGAAGUUCUUGAACAUUUUGAUUACACAGGCUUAGAAACACAAGUCAUUUCACUAAGCACUUCCCAUGAUCAUCAUUUUGUAUGGUCUUAUGUACACCCAGGUUGUGUUGUUUAUCAAUGGGAUAUAGUUACUAGAAAAAUAAUGAAUAAGUUGGAUUGUUCAAAACUAAUUCCAUGUUCAGAAAGUCUAAAAUCAAUUAGUAUAGAAGAACGAUUGAGUCCAGGAAAAUGCCAAAUAACUAGUAUUUGUACAGUUGGCAAUGAAUUAUACAUAGGUACAGCUUGGGGUUGUAUUGUUGUUGUUGAACAGGAUACUGCUAGGCCUAUCACUGUAUUCAGACCAUAUGAACAAGAGGUAAUAUGUAUGACUGCUGCUGGUGAAGGUAAUGCAGUUAUAAGUAUAGGCCAUGGAUAUAGGAGCUUAUUGAAAAGGUAUUUAUCUCAUUGUAAUGAUAUGGCUGAUGUGACGGGAACAACAUUUGCAAUACUCUGGUCUACUCGCAACUGGAAUUCUUAUUAAUAUAUUAUGUUAAACCUAUUUAUUAUAUAUGUGGGUUAUUGCGUCAUUUCUAACUAAAAACACUUCCUUCUAAAUUACAAAGACAAUUUUACUUUUAUUUCUAAUAAAUUAAUAUAUUAUUUGGAUUUGGACUUUCUCAGUGUGGAAAUAAAUUCAAUUAAAAUAUUUUAAUUAAUUUCUCAAUAAUAUUUUUACUGUACAUAAAAUUAUCAUCAAAAACCAUGACUAUAGUAUAAACUUUUAAAGCGCUUUGUGAUUUUAUUAGAGAUAUUUAUUAAUCAGUUAUUUUUUUUUUAUCAAUCUACAC